AUGACGGUCAACAAGAUCAUCAAGUUCUUGCUCUUCACCUUCAACUUUGUGUUUUUCGUGGGUGGAAUCACUAUUCUCAGCUUCUCCGUACACGCGAGGGGAAACCGGGUCGACUACCAGAUCACAGACGACGUUCUCCCGGCCAUCAACCUCCUGGUGUUCGUCGGUGCCGUGACCAUGAUCCUGGGCUUCCUGGGCUGCUGUGGAGCCGUGAGAGAGGACCGCUGCCUGCUGACUCUCUUCUUCGUGGGCCUGCUCGCCCUGCUCUUCAUGAUGCUGGCCGUGGGCGUGUUGGGAGCCUUAUCCAGGACCGAGGCCGCCCAGGAGGUGGUGAAGGAGCACCUGAAGGAGCUGCUCCCGCUGAGCGGAGCGCCCAAGGACGUGCAGGAGUCGUUUCAGCAGCUGGAGAGGAACGGCUUCUGCUGUGGAUUCUUUGUCGGACCUCUCGACUGGGGAAACUCGACAGUUGUGCCCGACUCCUGUAACUGCUCGGACACCUCCAGGAGCUGCACGGCUCUUGGAGGACGUCAGGUUUACGCCACACCGUGUAUGAGGUACCUCAUGACGUGGUAUGACAGGUUGUCUCACACCCUCAUCGCGGUGGCGUGUGGAUUUGGCAGCUUGAUGAUCCUGGGCAUGGUUUUCUCAUCAGUGGUUUGCUUCCAGGUCUGUGUUAAGAAGGGCAGCGUCGUUUAG